AUGCGUCUUGCAUCGUCUCCGGACGACUUCCUGCUGUUGAAGCCUCUCAAUCCGUACGAGGACCUCGGCGACUACUCAGUUUACCAGAAAGACUUGCACUUUCUCUUUUGCAAGACUUGUGGGAUGAGAUGCAUCAUCUUGAUGGGACAAGGAGAGGUAGCAGAAGUUGACUUGGAGGAAAUGGGGGUCAAAAAUGACAACGAGGGGUUAGGAAAAGACAGUGUUGGUGAAGGCAGUGCGCUGACCAAAGUCUGGAGACCCAAGAAAGACGGUUGGAAGGAAGACAAGAAGUGGGGAAGCUAUCUGAGUGUUAACGGAUACUCUGUCGACGCCGGCCAGGAUGGGUUCGAUCUACGCGAGAUUACGGAGAACAAGUGGGUUGCGUAUCUCGACUGGCUCGAGUUGCAUUCAGAAGGGUCUCAAGGAACUCGAUUUGAUCGACCUUGGGAGGGCGGUGCUUAUUGA